ACGAAUUUAAUUGUGCAUAAUGCACACGUCAAAUUCUUUGAAAAUAAAUCUUUGGUUAUAUUUAACCGAAGGUAUAUUUUCAGUGUUAAGUAUCAUUUUACAUUAGUAAAACAGCUUGGUAGUAUUUUACUUAUGAAACUGCAAUGCUGGCAUGUUGGGAAACGAAGAAAACAUUAGUUGGAGCCAAGAUUGUGGCCCUAGUUAAUUUGAGUACUUUAGCUAAGGAAUAAUUUAUCUGAUUGAUGAAACACAGUAUAAAUGUGAUGUUCAAAGAUUAAAAGUAGAACAUGUUUGUGAAGAUUACAGAAAUUUAAUGAAAAAGUGGAUUAAGAAAAAGAAUAUUCAAAUUACUGAGGAACAAGUUACCAAUCAGAAUGAAAACAUUCAGCAAUAUUCUCCAGAUGAUAAAGUUGAUAAUCUUCUUGUAAAAGCUAAGAAAGUUAAACAAAAGUAUAAGAGUAGCAAUACCAAAACAAAUGACAAAAAACAGAAUGAAGUUUUUUCUGUUAAGAGUUCUCAGACAAAGUCUAUGGUUCAAGUUAAGCAGAACAAACUCCAGAUAUCUAACAGAGAAUUCACUGCAACUCGUGCAUCAAAGAAUUGUGACAAGGAAUCUCAAACUGUUACUCUAUCUCAGAAAAGUAAGCAGAAUAUUACAACAGCAGUUUUGCCCAGGAGUAAGUUUGUCAAACUGAAAACAGAACUGCAAAAGUCUAAUGAAAAUUUAAGUAAUGUUGAAUUUAAGUCUUCAAAAACAUGUACCACUACAGAAAGAACAGUAAAUAAACAGAUGCCGAAUAUUAACAAGAAUAUUUCUCAGUCUGCAAAAAUUAGUAAAUCUGAAAUAAUUGUUAUCCCAGAAAUUCCCAAGAGACUAAAACGAGCUGUAGAAUUAAAUUUACAAGCAAAAUCGAAAGCUCAAAGUUUUUGGAAGAAAAACAAUGAUUAUGCUGGAAGAUUUGAGACUAAACUUUUAGAAAAUGUAUCCUUUUAUUUUAUGACUAUGAGAAACUUCAUUGUCAAGUAAAUAUAUGGUACAAAUCCCUUCAUAACUGCACCUAGUUAAACUUCUUUUGCUCUCUGGAUCAUUGACAUUUCUUGUCUCAACUUCCAAUAUUUAUUUCUGACAUUCAA